UAUAUUCUUAGUUUCUGUUCAAAUAUGCUUAAGAUCGUUAUUGUAUUCUGUAUGUGAAGUAUGUGAAUGUUGAUUAAAAAACCUGUCAUAUUUAAACGUUGAUGUGAACGUUGAGUUAAAGAAAGAACGAGAGACGUGUCAUAUUUAAACAAAUCAUAAUGGAAUCUCUUUCUUUAGGAUUUACAGGUGUUAUUUUCUUUAUAGUGGUAGGAAUCAAGCCGUCGUAUUUAAUCACAUGUGGAACUUUAAACUUCGAAAAUCACAAAGUAAUGGAAUGUCAGACUGCACGCUUAAUUUACACACCAAACAAGGAACAAACACACGAAAUGCGCAAGUGGGUCAGAGAAAUUAACUCAACCUCAUCGAAAGUGAUUUAUAACUACAAGACGUCAAAUGAUGAAAGUAAAUAUUUCGAAUCCAAACAAGGCGAAAGUUUCAUCCUGUAUAUACCAGCAGUUAAUUCAGCAGAUGCUGGGGACUAUCUUGUUCAUUGUGGAGGCAGGCAUUAUACUCGCCGAUCAAAUUUAGGCGUAUCCGUUAAUACUAAUGGCUGCCCAGAAAGAUGUGGCAAACUUUCAACUACAAACAGUUACGUCAUAGAAGGAGAUCCAGUUACUUUUCAAUUUUCUGUUGAUCCUGGUAAAGACAUCACAUGGGAAAAGAAAGUUGAGACUACCUAUACACAACUCAAAGAUCAAAAGUAUAUUAUAAGAGUGGUACAAGAGAAAAAAGUGCACAGCCUCGAUAUUCUUGAAACAGAAUAUAGCAAUAGUGGAGAAUACAGAGUAAAUUGCGGUGACACUGUGUCGAAUUCGAUCUAUCUGAAUAUCGUGUACAGUCACCCAUCAAACCCAGUAUUUUCCAAUGUGGUAUCCAAGUUUUACUGCAAUAACAAGGAAUGUAUAUUGGCUACUCUAAAUAAAUCAGUAACGGUAGAAUGUUACGUAGAAGGUGGAUCAAAACCCAUAGAACUUAACAUGUUAAAGGAUGGAGCUAAACUAACAAAUACCAACAAAAACAGUAACGACAUAAAUACCAUAACUUAUAACUAUAUUAGAUACAGCUUUAUACCAACUAUGUCAGAUAUAAACGCCAUGUUUACAUGUACAGUAAACAACCCGGCCAUUCAAGAACCAUUGGCAACGUCUAUAAUGCUAUAUACUAUAGUUCCCCCAACAAGUAUUGAAGUGAAUGUCAACGAGCUAAUAGAAGGAAUACAAGGUGAGGUUCAGUGUAUUGCAAAGAAUGGCAGACCGCCGUUGAAGUCGGACAUAAAUAUAGGUAGUAAACAAGAGACUAAUACAACAAAGACAGUUGACAAAGUUUCGGCUAAUCUGUAUACAAUCACUAUGUCGGUAACUAAGAAUUUUACACGGAUUCAUAAUCAGGAAAAGGUAUUGUGUUGCAACAAUAUUGGCGAAACUACAUGCGAAGAUAAGAACCUUAACGUAUUAUUUCCACCAAAGAAUGUUAUUGUUGAAGAAAUUUUCAAACGCAAUGAAGAAAAUGGAGACACCGUGAUAACAUUGAAGUUUAUAGCCGCAGAAUCUAAUCCUAGAAGCUCUAUUGACUUAAGUGGACUUAAACAUGUCCAGCGAAAGAUGGUCGAUAACAGGAAUGACCCGGAUAAUGAAACGCAUGGAUGGAUAUAUACAGCGGUCUGGAGCUUCAAUUUCACCAAAGAUGAUGAUAAAAGGGAGAUAAAAUAUGAAGUGCAAAAUGACGGUUUUCCCGACCUUGAAUUGAGUAACAUAUAUACAUUAAACAUAACAUAUUAUCCAAUAGUAACAAUAUCAGAAAAUGAACAUAAAACUGUUUACCUUGGUGAAGAUGUUGAUUUGACAUGCGAUGUAGACAGCAAUCCCCUAUCAACACUUUCGUGGCACAAUCAGACCGCCGUAAUUGAUGAGAUAUUCGGAGCAAAAAGAAUUGAACUUCAUUUAACAAACGUUUCGACAGACCAUUCCCAGACAUACAGUUGCAAGGCUCAAAAUGGAAUUGGUGGAAUUGUAUCAAGAAAUAUAACGCUUACUGUAAAAGAUCCAUCUGAAAGACCAGUAACAGAAGCAAUCAAACCAUCGGCCGAGUCAAACAUCGCCUCAGUCGUUGGGCCAAUUAUUGGCUGUUUAUUGUGUGCGAUACUUAUAGCAGUUAUUGUGGUUCUUAUUAUACGUAAGAAACGACAGAAUGAACCAUCAAACAAGAGGAACAUUCAUGAAACUAAAAUUGAAGAAAUAAAACCUUUACAUCCGACAGGAAAGGAUACUGAAAUGCAGGCCGGGUAUGAGUCAUUGGCAGGACAGGAUACUACUACGGAAAUAGAAAUGUAUACAGAUUUAGAUACUGAAAUGCAGGGCACUACUACUGAAAUAGAAAUGUAUACAAAUUUAGAUGAUGAUAUGCAGGCAAGGAAUGAGUCAUUGGCAGGACAAGGUACUAAUACGGAAAAAGGAAUGUAUACAAAUUUAGAUACUGAAAUGCACCCCGGGUAUGAGUCAUUGGCAGGUCAGGGCUUUACUUCGGAAAUAGAAAUGUAUACAAAUUUAGAAGGCCCAACGUCCACAGAAUUACCUUCCGAGUAUGAACAUUCAGAAUUGUAAAUUGGAUUUAUUUAGUCGACCGCAACAGAUACAGAAGUGGAAGAAGUAUAAUGUUUUAUAGAGAUUUUACAUCGGAUUAUUAGCAACAAAACGAAAAUAAAAAAGAUUUAGUUCUGUACCUGUGAUGCAGUGCAUGCGACAAAACAAAAGUUUUCUUUAAAAUCUUUUGUAAAUUGAUGACAUAUCAAAAUUAUUUAAUGUCUUUUAAAAUGUCCGAAGACAAUAAUAGCAGCUCGAGCUGAUAUUUAUGCAUUGUUGUGUACAACAUACUAUUGUGUGCACAUAAUAUUAUUAUGAAACGUUUAAGAAGAAUGAUGCUAUACUGUCCUGUAAUAUUAUAAGUCAAACAAAAUAAAUUAUGUUGCUGAUGUCAUCAUUUUACGAGAACGUUUAAAUAUUCAAUAUAUUAAAAUGCACUGGUAGUAAAUGCCUUGUUUUAGAUUUGUAUUUUGCAUAUUUAUAACAGAAAUGAAUAUAAGAGCUGUGAUUUGUAUAAAGCUACUUUGAAGAUAGAUUUUUGUAGAUAGUUUCAAAAUUGUAACCACAAUUUUUAUUAUAUUUAUUUUUAAUAUUUAGUUCUUUAUUAAAUGCAAAUGUUUUAUAACAUCGUUCACAUCUUAUUUAUGCUUUAACAGAAAUUAGUAUUUUACCUACUUUUUAAUCGGGGAACAGCAAGAAUAAUUAGAAUUUUACAUUUAUUUUUAUGAGCAUAGUGUUAAAACAGUUUUAAUAUACUUAUUUUCCAGUAAGUUGUUUUACAAUCAAUUAUUUUCAAUCAAAAUAAUCUGCGAUAUAUUUGUAAAAUGGACAUUUACGAGUAUUCAAACUAACAAACAAAUAAAAACAAAUCACAGACACAAAUAAACAAGACAAAAACGACAUACGAAUAUUUGCUUUAAAGAGAAAGUUUUCGUAAAACAUGCACCGUAUGAAUAGCGGUUUUUUUGUUAUUUAAUUUGUUGGUUAUAUUGGGAAAAUACGUGAGAUUAGUCAAGAUUAAAGAUUUUAUUAAGGCACACAUAUUAUGUAUAUUGCCGUUAUCAAUAAUGGCGUGUAUACAUACUAAAAAGUUAUGAAUUUAUUUGAUAUUCAAAAUAAUUCACAAAUUAGUGAAAAUAAAUACUGUAUUGUUACAAAAGUUGAUAUUGUUAUUUUGAUAUCAAAUUCUAUUACUAAAAUGUAUCAACUGUAAUUAGCAUUGAUAAGCUAACUUGUGUCUCUCUUUUUAAAGCAUUUGUAAAAAUUCAUUCUUUAUACAGGUUAAUAACUGCUUAUGAGUUAUGACCGAGUAAGAUUAAUGAUAUUUCUGUUUGUAAAAUCUUUCUUAAGUCAGUGCACAGUAAGCGUUUGAGUAUAUGUAAAAUGGUUCUUAUUAUGUAUUUCAUAACAUGAAAUACGUUUUUGUAUAAUUAUAAAGUUCUUAUUUGUUAUUUUUAUGGACAAAAACAACAAAACGCUUUAAUCCUGCUCCUGAUAUGGACAUCAUUUAUUGUAAAUAUCUCAUAUUUAUGAGUUAACGUAAACGUUAAUUGUUCAUAUACCAUUUACUUUCCUAAGUAUAAAAAUAUUACGAGUGUAACAAAGUUGUGAACAUAAAUGACUUCUUAAUGUACUGCAUCAAAACAUUAUCUAAAUCUUUAAAUAAUAGAAAGUUACAUUUAAGCAUCCUAUUUUAAUCUUUAUGAAUAUAUUAUUACGGAAAAAUACCAAAGAAGUUUGAAUGCUAAACGUCUUAUUCAUUUCAGUUGUUUUUUAAGUUUUUUUUUGUAAUUUAUUUUAUUGCGGUUUUGACAAUAUAUUUGUAUAGUAGCUGCAUAUGUUCUUUUUGUAUUUUUUAAUUGUUUUUUCGUAUUUAAAAACAUUUAUAGCAUGAUGCAAGCUUGAUAUGAGUUGUUCCUACAAUCGAAAAGUUUUAAUAUGUAUUUCAUUUUAAAAUUUGUUGAUGAAAGUGUUCGUAUUUCUAUAUCUAGUUGUAUGUUUUCAGAUUAAAGUAGCGUUACUUUGAUAUUGAAAUACGCAUUGGUGAAAUUGAAUUUGAUCAAACAAGUAAAACGCUUAUCUACAACAUAACCCACAAUUGAACCCGGUGAAAGCAGUUAAAACCUACUUCUGAAUUGUAUUCCCAGUUUUCAUAAUAUUAUCGGACUAAGAAAUGGCUUGCUUGCUAUCACCAUUCGAUCACCAUAUCUUUAUCAAUGAUGUACAUAUUUUAUGAAUUUGAUUGUUAAGUUUCAUGUAAUAAUCUUUGCCACAUAAUGUCAAGCGCUCUUCCUCACAAUGCACGUCAGUAUAUGAUGCAAUCAUAUGUUUACUAUCUAACGAUGAGUUACUAAGUGCGCAAAAUAUGUUUGUAAAGCUAUUCAAUUUCUUUCUUUGUUGAUAUUUUUAUUGUUGCUUCGUUUUUCAUCCUAAGUAUUUUGAUUUUCAUUCUCUUAUUCAUAAUUAUAUUUUAAGAUAUAACAUGUUUACUAAAAAAGUAUUCUUUGUUUCUCCCUGAUAAUAAUGUUGUACUGCAAAUUCACAAAAUAAAAUCAUAUUUGGGUACCAAUAUUCUAUUUGCAGGAAAUGUACAGUUUGAUCAUUCAGUAGUGAUUGGAAAUGCAUUCAUGCUUUUUGUGUCUGUAAUGAUUUAUAUAGUUUAAUCAAUAUCUAUCAAUAUCUUAAAAAAAACUUCUUUUCUGAUCAUUAAAAGAUUUCAUUAUGUCAAGCAUGUCGUAACUGGAUGAUUUUUGUGAUUUAUUUACCCUCUUACAUGGACGCAAUUAGUGUAGGCAUGAUCCUGUUAUAAAAUACAGAUUUUGAGUGACCUCCCUUUAUGUAAAAUUUACUGAUAAUUCACAGAAAAGAGUUUCUGUUAUGAUUAAUUAACUGCAAGUAUUGAUGAACACUAAUUGCAACGAUUUUGUGCUUUCCUAGCACGGUUUAUUGCUGAAUGUUUUGUAUUUAAUAUUCAUAAAACGAUCAAAGUAACUUUCAUAGCAAAUGCAAUCAUUCCGUAUCAAAUACCUCUUUUGUGACUUUUUUCUAUUCAAGAAUGUACUCGGGUUAUUGCUCCGCGCCCACAGGCGCAAAGCUUUUUGUGUUUACUUAUUUUUUUGUCCAUGGGCCCGGAUUUUAUCAAUUAAUCCCUUCGAUUUACAACUAAAAAUAAAUUCAGAUUCAAUAACUCCUUCCGAUUAUUGUAUUGGUUCCCCCUUCGGUGAUUCGCAGCAUUUUAAUGAAUAAAAACCGGAAAAUAGUUCUGCUGUACAUGAAUUCGAAAGCCAUAAAUAGCUAUAAAUGUUCAGAUUUUUGACACUUGGGUUAUAAAUGUGUAUUUUCCCGUUUUAAGUAGUACAUAAAAUUAUAAUUUGUUACAUUUUGAAUGACAUUUACACACAGCAUAUCAAGUAUACUAUAAGUGAUUGAAUUUGUCAAUAUAAAGAAGAUUUCAGGCAUAAGACUUUAAUUAUUUUGCUUUUAAUAAUUAUUCUUAAUUUAAACUUAUAAAACUAAAUGUUUAAUAAGAACAUGUUGAUAUAUUGGUUAUUUUGAAAUAAUUAUAACUUUAGUAUAUAAGGUUAUAUUUCAUUGGCAUCAUUGGUAAUGCACGAAAGUAAAUUAUCAACAUUUUGUGCUUGGUGACAUGUCCGGGGUCCAUACUCGACAGCGAAAGUUGCAUUGUGUGCCCUUACGGGCGGAUGGAUCCUCAUUAAACAUAGACUAUAGAAAGAUAGAUUGCAUCAUUGAUAACAACAGAAACUUUGAUCUGCAGUUUGAACGUGAGAUGUAUUGUUUUUAUUAUAUAAAUGUUUUUAAAGCAAUUCAGCAAAUACCUAUAUUGAUCUCCCAAUAAAUCAAUUAACAAUAGCUUUUUAUAUAUCACCAAUGUCAAGUAGCUUUUACAUCUUUGACUCGCACGAACAUGACUGCCUAUAAUUCAGUUAACAGUCUUCUAUUAGUAUUGAAAGAAACCAUCUUUUUUAAUUUGACAUGAAAAAAAUGUUUGUAAUAUUACUAUAUUAUAAUAUUAGUCCAUUUCGUUACUAUUUGUAUAUUUGUUACAGUUAUAAUAAUAAAAAACAGACUUUGA